AUGGGUUCUUGUCAACAGCCUGAUGCCCUUCCCCAGCUGGCAUCAAAGACCGUCAUCGUCACCGGAGGCGCAGGCGGCAUCGGCGCAGCCACUGCCAAAGUCUUCAACGCCAACGGCGCCAAUGUAGUCAUCGCCGACAUUCCCAGCUCGCAGGAGUCUGCACAGAAGCUGAUAGCGGGUUUCCCGUAUCCCGAGAAGGCCGUUUUCACGCCCGUUGACAUCCUCAACUGGGGACAGAUGCUGGAUCUGUUCCGCGGGACGGUAGACCGGUUCGGGUCCAUCGACACGGUCGUCGCAAACGCAGGCAUCAUGGAGAAGACAGAGACUCUGGAUAUCGACACCACAGACGACCAGGGGAAUCUUCUCGAGUCCACUGGCGCAUUCAACGUUAUCGACGUGAAUGUGAAGGGGACAUUAAACAGUAUGUUUACACGGUUCUUACAACAAGUAAAACUAACACCAGUCCCAGCACUACGACUCGCUAUGCAUUACAUGAAAUCAUCUACCAACAACGCUGCUGGGCGCAAAUCAAUCGUCCUCGUCGCUUCGACGUCCGGCUACUUUGGUGGCACCGGCGUGUCCGCAUACGUUUCCUCAAAGCACGCCAUUAUCGGUCUGCUACGAGGCUCGCAUGUCGCAGCACAAAAACACGGAAUCACAGUCACGGGCAUCGCACCCUUUUUCACAUACACAAAUAUCACAGCCAAGGCGGGAACGCGGUGGCAGGCGGAUGGGCUGAAGCCGAACACAACGGACGACGUCGGCCUGGCCAUUGCACAGAGCUCAGUCGAGGGCGCGAGCGGCAGCUGUACUCUGGUCGCAGGUCCGCACCGCAAGGAAAUGGAGGGCAGUCGGAGCGAGGUCAUGCCCCAGUGGUUGGGCCAGGGUAUCUUUGAUUUCUUCCAGAAUGCGUUCAAGAUCAUUUCCAGCAGUGGAGGGUAUAACCUUCCUAGGAAUAACUGA